UAAAAGUUCCGACCUCCUCUCAGUCUUCACUUAUCUCAGCCGCCAAACAAGCCUCUCAUCACCAUUCUAUCACAGCUCUUCUCCUCUCUUUUGCCUUCAAGCUUCCGAAAGACCAAACCAAAGAGCAGGAAAUAAGGCUGCUAUUGAGGUCUUUAGCUGUCGCGACGGCCCUGCAAAAUAGCGGCAUCGAUACCGCCAUGCUACAGCUGUUUUGAAACUCUGAAUUUGUUUGUUUGUUUGUUUGUUUGGUGGAGUUAGUGAAACAAAUGUCGGUUUCUGAGGAACAAAACACGAAGCUAUUCAAAGCACGUAGAACAGUAGUGCAAAUGCUGAGGGAUAGGGGAUAUUCAGUCCCUGAUUCGGACAUUAAAAUGACAAGACAACAAUUCAUUGAGAAAUAUGGUGAGAAUGUCCAUCUCAAAAGGGAUGAUCUUUUAAUCCUUUGCAGCAAAGGAGAUGCUCCAACUGAUCAGAUUUAUGUCUUCUUUCCUGCAGAAGUAAAGGUUGGUGUUCCUAUGGUAAGAAACUGCGCAAAGCGUAUGAAAGCAGAUAAUGUUUAUAAUGCUAUUUUGGUCGUUCAAAGAGCUUUGACAGCCCCUGCAAAAGCAGCGAUAAAUGAAAUUAAUUCAUACUUCCACAUGGAAGUUUUUGAGGAGGCAGAGUUGUUGACAAAUAUCACAGAACAUAUGUUUGUCCCAAAGCACACGGUACUGACAAAUCAAGAAAAGAAGGAAUUGCUGGAAAAAUACAGGGUAAAGGAAACACAGCUACCUCGGAUUCUGGUUAGUGAUCCAGUUGCCAAAUAUUACGGUAUGAAGCGGGGACAAGUGGUGAAGAUUACUCGACAAAGUGUGACUGCUGACACGUAUGAUACUUACCGAUAUGCUGUAUGAGCUUUUCUCUUUUUAGGGGUUUUGCAUACGGAUGAAGUUUCUUCUCGUUUUAGGCUACUGAAAAAAAAAAAACUCAAGCUCCCCAAAAUUUAUUUGGAAAAUUCCAUUAAGUUAAGAGGCAGCUGUGAUUAAUUUUGUGUCCAAGAAUAUAUGCGUGGUUGCUAGUCCAACUCCAAAUUUAUAGUAAAAUUGUUUUUUUACCCUCUAUAUUGUAUAACAAUAACAGUAUUUUCGUAAAAAGAAAUUCCUAUAAUUUUGAUAA